AUGAAUGCCAGAACUCAGUUAUUUGAAUUAAGUAUGGAGGGCAGACAAGUGGAUGAAGCGGUAGCAAGUAUAUUUCAUAGUGUUCUUUUCCAUCGAAGUCUUGGUAAAUUUAAGUACAAGCAAGAAGGUAGUUACUCAGUAGGUACUGUUGGAUAUCAGGAUGUUGACUGCGACUUCAUUGAUUUUACUUAUGUCUGUUGUUCAUCGGUACACCUGGAUCAAACUUUGAAACGUGAAAUAUCAGGUUUUUCUGAAGCUUUGCGUUCUACUGAUAGUCCAGGUUCUGGCCAAAUAUCCCUGGAAUUCUUUCAAAAGAAGAAAAAUCGCUGGCCUUUUCAACCAGAAUGUAUACCAUGGGAAGUGUGGACAGUACGCUUAGAGCUUAUCAAAUUAGCAACAGAACACGAACGACAGAUAUGUAGAGAAAAAGUUGGAGAUUUAUUAACAGAUAAGAUUCUUUACAUAACAGAAGUAAUGAAUCGACAUGACUAUUUACCUAAAAUGCCAAAUCAAGCUGAACUGGAUUUGAUCUUUGACACAUCAUACCCUGAUAUACAACCUUAUCUGUUUAAAUUAUCAUUUACCACCUCUGGCCCAUCGAGUACAACAAUGGGUAAUACAAUGAAAAAAUUGAUCAAAGAGACAUUAUCCAUUUAGUUGUUUAUUAGUUUUCAUGAGAAUUUUUUUAGUGUAAUGUAUAUAUAAUCCAAAUUCAUUCUUGGAUAAAUUAACAUUAUGAACUUUCCUUCAUUAACAAAGGAAUUCUGUUUGUCAUAUGAAAUCGUUUGCAUUCAAAUUUACUCAAAUCAUACCUUACUCAUACUCUUUUAGUUUCUUUUACUUGUAGUUUAUAAACAUUUGCCACAUUACAUGUUUUUAUAUGUAUUGACUUGCGUAGAGGAUUGAAACUUAGAGGGAUAAAUAGAGUUAAUUGUAUGCAAUAUUUGAAAUAAAGUGGGAUAAAGAGAUCAAUCCCAUACAUCAAAAUGCCAUUUCUGACCGAUGUCUACGCAAAUUCUGUGCCGACAAUAUUUGUCAGAAAGAAAACAGGAAAAAAAAAAAUAUAUAUAUAUAUAUAUAUAUAUAUUACAAUUGUAUAAACUUAAAAUAUUUGUAAAAUUUCUAUAGUACAAAGGAACCAAUUGUGUAUAGCAGUUACUUUUUUGCGUAUAUAUAUAUUAUUCCAUGAAUAUCGUCCAUUGCAUAAGUCUUAUAGGUAAUCAGUUAUAGAUUAAAUAUGAAAUAUUUACUUUUCAUCAUUUUAAAUUCGAAUUUGUCGAGACGUGGAUAUUGUUAAUAGACGAAUAAUGACAUCUCAUUAAUAGAGAAAAUAUUUUUUGUUUUAUUUUUCUUUGAAAAUACAUGACGAUUGUAAGAAAAUAAAACAGUGUAUUGUGUUUAUUUAGCAAAAUUUAAAGGUAAUAAAUUUGUUCUAAUAUAUAAAGCUGUUAUUUCUCUCUCUCUCUCUCUCUUUCUCUCUCACUCUUUUUUUCUAUGUUUGAAAAAUCUCGUGCACAUAUUUAAUGUUUAAUAUAUGACUGAAACCUAGACUUACUAUUGUGAAUAAACAUGUAGUACAAGUGCUUGUCUGUACAUUUGUUAUUCACAUGUUAAUGUAAAUGUGAAAAUAUGUAGUAUGUAUAUGAUUGAAAAAUAGACCUUAAGUAAAUUUUUA